UGAUACUUAGCUGGCAAGCUUUUUAUUAGAUGCAGCACUGAAGGGGGAAGUGAGAAUCAUGGCUCGAGAUUAUUCUUCAAAUAUUGAGAAGGGCGGAGAAAUUCAGCUUGAGAAACUCCUGUUUGAAGCUGCUGCUGUUGGAGAUUACGAGACAGUUCGUAAUUUGCUUCAGUCUGGCGUUUCGGUCGAUGCCGAUGAAUAUAACAAAGCCUUAUUCUAUGCUUCAAAAAAUUAUAUGACUCCUCUUCAGAUUGCAGCUGCCAAUGGUUAUUUAAACUGUGUUCAGAUUUUAAUAGAAUAUGGUGCUGAUGUUAAUGCUAAGGACCGUUUUGAUGUUUCAGCUAUGCACAUGGCAGCCGAAAAGGGUCAUCAUCUGUGUUUAAAAGCUUUACUGGAUGCCAAUGCAGAUUGCUGUCUACCUACCAAAUUUUCAAAGUCUGGUUGCUAUACUGCAGUUCCCCAUUUGGGAGGUACUACGCCUCUUCAUCUUGCUGCUUCUAAUAAUCAUGUUGACUGUGUGAAAGAACUAAUUCAAUAUGGAGCUGAUUACAAUGCAGUUGAUGAACGAGGUCGUACAAGUCUUUAUAUUGCUGCGAAAGCUGGCUAUGAAGAGUGUGUGUUAGCUCAUUUGAAAAAUGCUGUUGGACGUGAUAUUUUAUCGUUACCAAGUCUUGAAACAUUUGAUACCCCUUUGCAUUUUGCUGUGAGUCGUGGGAUGGUUAAUUGCGUCCGAGAAUUACUGAACUUAGGAUCUGAUGUGAAUCACGUCAAUUAUGCAGGAUUGUCACCGUUGCAUCUCGCAGUUAACUCUACCAAUGAAAUUUCCUCUUCCAAUAUGGAAAUCUUAAAAAUGCUUGUAUUAGAUGGUUAUAAUACUGAUAUUAAUCAAGGUGAUGGCAGUGACCUGACGCCUCUUCAUUAUGUGUGCUUUAUUGGGAGGAACACUGUGCGUUUUCGCCCUGAAAUGGCGAAGUUUUUAAUAUCCUAUGGAGCAGAUGUAAAUAUAAAAAAUACUCGUGGCUUCAGCUUACUCGAAUGUGAGCUGAUACAUACUGAUGAAGAUUUCACAAUUUUGAAAUAUAUAGUUAAAAGCAUGCUGCAUCCUCCACAAUUGAGGAAUUUAAGGGUAGUUCCUUAUCCUCCUCCUGCAUCUGGACCAAGGCUGGCAUAUCUGCGUCCUCAUCGUGAACAAGACAAUGCUUUAGAAGUGGCAUACGCCCGUGCUGUUGGUGCCAUUGCUGAGGUAAUGGAAGGUUUUCAUGCUGGGAAUGAAGAUGGUAGAUUUGCUUAUCCUCCUCCUCCAUCUAGAGUUGAUGCAGAAGUACAUGCACAAUGGGAAGCAAACUGCAUACGCCGUAAACAAAUGUGGUAUGAAUCUAUCGCUUCCAAUCCUAGAACUUUACAGCAUUAUUGCCGAUAUACAAUAAGACGUACUUUAGGUCCACGGUCAUUGAAGCACAUAAAACGAUUGCCUAUACCUGUUGCCUUGCAGUCAUAUUUACUGUUAGAGUAUGAGGAAUGAUUAAUUUAAUAGAUUUGUGCUAAAUGGACUAAUAAAUUUUUCAGUGCUCCUUUUCUUCAGGACUGGUAUUAAAAAAACUCUUUGUAUUGAAUACAUGAAUUAUAUGUCAUAAACUAUUAAAUACUAUUCAGGUAAAAAACCAAUGAGUGCGAUUAAUAUAUUUCUCAAAUUGUGAGAUGAUUUUUAAAUUGUCUCAAGGAAAUUCAAAUUAUUUAUUUAUAUUGUUGGAAUUAAUCUUUUUUCAAUAUUUUAAGUGUGUAUUUCUUUCUAAAAAUUAUAUUAAGUUUCAUUGCAUAUUUCAUUAGCUGUUUAAUGAAAUAUAUUUUUCUGAUGACAUAAACAUUGUAACAAAUUUAAUGCCAACUAGUUGACUGUACUUUUGCAACGAAGACUAUGCUGUGCUAGUUUUUUGUUAAAUAACCUUCGAUCACAUUUUCUUCGAUGAUAUUUCUGAUGAAAUUCGCAUCCUUAUCAACAUUCAACUUUACAUUCUUUUUACCCUUAAGCAAUCUGUAAUUAUUAUUUUCAAGCUGCCUGCAGUGCAAUUUGUAAUCACUAGCAAUAAGAUGUUUACAUUUCUGUUUUUUACAAUCUUAAAGAAUUCAUUUUCCAUGGGAAAUAUAAUCAAAUCAUUGUUCUAGUAACCAUUUUUAACAUGGUUUUAUUCACUUAAUAAGUAAGCUUUAUUUCUGCAACUUUAUUUUCUAAGAGUAUUUUGCUAUUAGUACAAAUUAUUUCACACCGAUAAUGAGGUCAGUCAUUUGUUUCUUCCUGUAGGCAUAUCAAAUUCUUUAUGUCCCUAUCAAUAUCAGUAUCAUUUCAAAACAACUGUAAACAAAUCUUAACACAGUUGCAAAUAUAAGUUAAAAUUUGAUUUGAUGUAAGGAUGAGAUUUGAUUUAAGGCCACAUAACCAAAUCAGUGCUUAGCCAUAAUAAGUCAUAUUGGGGCCAGCCUGUUCAGUUAUGAAUGAAGGCUGACCAUGAUCCUUAUACAUAUUACAGAAAUUUUGAAAAGCUAUAAAUUGUCUCAUUUAAACAACCUAAUAAUUUUAAAAACUCUGAAAAACUAGGGUGCAGAAUUCAACAAAAAAGGUUAAAAAUAAAGUAAGCAAAAAUAGUACUAAAAUAGAUGUGUUUACCCAUUAGAUCUGAAAGCAUGCACAUAAAUCAAUAAAUAAUGUGAAAUGAAAACAAUUGGUAUAAUAGUGUAAUUAGUAAAUAAUAUAAUAAAUAAUAGAUCGAUGUGAUAGGAAUAAUAGAGAUGUGAAUGGAAAAUUUGUUUUCCAUUCACAUCUUAAUCCUUACUAUGUCUCUAUAAUUCUUUUCAUGUCUCUUGAAAAAGCAGUAGCUUUUUUUGUAAAAUUUUGAGACUGUUUUCAUUCAAAUCGAGACAUAAAUCCCUCGUGUUCCAUAUUAAAAGGUAUAUAUCUUAGUGAAAUAUUUGUGUCUCCGACAGUAUUAUGUAUUUACAUAUUAGAUGAGAACCCUGGAGGUGAAACCUAUUAAAAUAAACCAGGAAGUAAUUAGUUUAAAUUACUAUCACUAUAUAUUUUUAUAUACUUUACAAACUAGUAUAAAUUUUAAAUAACUCAAUUUUUCUCAGAUGGCCUCCUUCAUUGAGUCCAUUUUUCAAUAAUCCCUUUUCUCAUUUAUGUUAGAGGUUUAGUUUUUAAGCAUGGAAUAUAACUGAACAUUUAUCCCAAAAUAUAUCAGUUCUUUCUUUGUUAUAAAUCUAAUAUGAGCUUUAAUCCAGUGAAUUUUAAUUGUCUUUUGCGUAGUUUCUUUAUAUUUUGUUGAACUUCAUAAAACAAUUUUAUUUUUUGGUUGGGAGAGUGUUGACACUGCAUCCAUAUGUAAACUUAUUCUAUGUUUAACAUUAAAACAAUCUGAGAUCCAAUCAGGAGGGCAGUCUGUUGCAUUUAGGUGAACGUGUUAUGCAGAGUUUAUUUUGUAACAUAUAAUGCUUACUAUUAAUUUCCAAGCCAUAGAAUAUAACUCGUAUGCAAAGUGAACAUCCUUCACAUAUUUUGAACCAUCAGUAUAAAUGUCACUUUUACCGCUGCAGAAAAAAUUAUUUACCGAAAUCUAUACCAGAAUAAUUAAUAGAAGGUUAAGUAUAGGUUUAAAUGAUAUUUUGUUGGGUUCUAACCAAUAUUUAACACAAAGACUGGAUUUCUGUCGCCAGUUUCUUUGUUGGACUGUCAUGUAUUUUCUUAGGUUGAACUUCUUCAUUCUACUGUUUGAUACUGCUGGUUCAGAGUAUGCAUAUCCAUUCUGGCAAGUUUUUGGCCUUAAGAAAGAUAAAAUUCCUGAAAAAUAUUUACACUUUCUGAAUCUGCAUGUAACAUUUAUGUAUAUAUAAUUGAAAAAGAAUAUGUAAAGCUAACUGGUAAUUAGAUGUAAGACCUAUCUGGUUUCAAAAACAACAUAUAUAUAUAUAUAUGUUCACUUCUGAUUGCAUUAUCAAAUGCGUAAUGGAGAAACUGCAGGUAAAGUAGUAUAUAAAAGUGCUUAGUGAUUACAAAUAAAAGCAAGUAACACCAUAGAAAUAAAUGCAAAUGCUUAAGAGGAUGUGCAUCAUCAGGUAAAUGUGAUCAAACUUAACCAAAAAGUACCAUAUUAUGAUUUAGGAUAUAUAUAUAUUUAGAAUUAUAAUAUUCCUAGUCUAGCAUACAAAUAAUCUAGCUUGUUAGUGCCUUAGAGGACAUGGAAAAUGAAUGUAUAUAUUCAAUCUUAAUAGAAUUUUAUAUUCAGUUGAAUAAAAACUUCAGUUUAAUAAUAGCUGUACUGCUUAGUAUAAAUUGUUUAUCUACCAAGUGCUUUCAUAGCCAGCAGCCUAAAAUUAUUAUUGAAAAGACAAUGAUUUUAAUGAAUUUAUCUAGGAUAAUUUCAUUUGUCCAACUAGAUGUUAAUAAUAAUAUAGAUAAAGAAUUGCAUUUAUUGCUAUUAAAUUCGUUAGUUUGUUGAUCAGUGACAGACUGAUUAAAUUCAAAAUUAAAUAUAUUGCACUUUUCAAAUGGCAAUACUGUGUUGUGUGGGAGGUAAAUGAGUUUCUAAUGAAAUAUUUUUAAGUCUUUUAAUUUGAAGCAUGUAUAUAAUACAUGUUACCAAGUGGCACCAUAUUUCUUUUAAAUUAUCAAUUUCGUUAAUCAAAAUGUCAUUAAAUUUCUACAAAAUAUGGAAUAAAUAACCAAGGUGCACAUGUUCAGUUGAAGGUCUAUGUCAAAAAGAUCAGUGGCUCUACUGGAUCAUGAGAGUUAGAUUCACACUAGAAAUUAUUACUAUCACUGUUCUUUGUUUUUUCUUUAACAUUAUUAGUUCCACCAUUUAUGUUUUAUUCUAAUGUACAUGCAUUCCAUUGUGAUGAAAGAUGGUAUCUAGUAAAGAAAAUGUUUCUUUAUAUUCAGAUCCAGAUUUAUGGAAAAGUGCAAGUUGCAGUCACAAGAUGAGCCUGUCUUCCAAAAUCAUUCUCUUGAUUCAAAGAAAAGCAGUGUAGAACUGUAAAACAGUAGUAAACAUACCUUCUGCCUUAAGAAGAAGUGCUUCUAAAAGUUCAAGUUAGGUAGACACUCUCUCUCUAUGUUAUAAAUCUUCCAAAGCAAGAUUUCGAAGCUUUAAAAUGCCUGGACAAGGGUUAAAUUAUGUGAUUCUGAAAAUUAAACCACUUUAGCUACCACCCACCCAUCCCCAAGUUUGUUGAAUUCCAUAAGCAUUUUGUAAAAAUUUUAGAUCCCCAGACUUCCUUUUGUACAAGCAGGUGUUUUAUAAACUGAACUGUUGGGAAGUAAAAAGUUAUAUAUGGUAAUUAGGUACUUGAAGUUAUAUCACACAUUUUCAGUGUCAUGUUGGUGCAUUUUGGUUUAUUUCCUCUCUGUAUGCUUAUGCUUUAUGCCAGACAAAAUGCAGCAGUCAGGAAAAACAGUACAUUCUCUAAUAUUGUGGCAAAUCUUCCAAAAAUCCAUUAUGAAGGAAGAACACAGCCUAUUUUUUUCCUUUUUAUGUACUUGACAAUUUCCUGUUUUGUUGUGCCCAUCAUAACAUUAAAACAAGAUAAGUAAUUGGGACGUAUCUUUCUUAUGUAGUUAUGGUUCUUUCUGAUUAUGUGCACCCCUCCAAAACUUAUUCACGAGGCAACACAUUGUGUUGCUUAAAUAGGCAAAUUGUAUAUAUGUGGCUAACCAGGUGUGCAUGCAUGUGCAGCAGAUGAGAGCAUAUUUCCAUGUUCAAAUUCAAUGGCCAUUUUCAUGCUUUGUAUUUGUUUAUGCUUUGAGUAUAUUUUUUUUCUCUUAAAAAAAUCUUAGAGGCACUGGGAAGUUACUGGUUGAUAAAAAAGAAAGCAUUGCACUUCUUCAAAAAUGUAACAUUUCCCCAACAGCAGAGAAUAUAAAAUUUUCCAAAGUAAAGUGAUAUUUCUUAAAUAAUAAAACUUUAUAGAUCAAAA